UUUCACUGGCACUUUCAUUUCGCUACGAUGUUUGUUUUGUUCCGUUCAAUGCUUUUCGGAUUGAAGGACUGAAAGGAUUGUUACGAGUCGAUUUUUUGAUUGCGAAACUUAAUUGAUUUUUUUCUUAUAUAAUUAACCAUUAUAUUUUUCUUUUUGGUGCAUAAGUUUGUCAUCAUUGAGAAAAGUUUUUCGCUCAAUUAAAACUGUGUCCUUCUUUGGUUAGCGGAAACCCUUAAAAAAUUUUAGGAAGUACGCGUACAUUAAAAUUGCGCAUGUUUGAAGUUUCCACACCUGUAUUUGUGGUGAAACUAAGGACUAAUAUUUUUCACUGAUGAAAGGAAAUGUUAUAAGUCAUCAUCAUGCCCUUGCUGACAAAAAUUACCUUGAUGAAACCGCAGUGGACACUUGUUUGCUCUUCGCUUUUAUGUCUGAUCAGAACGGUUAAGGCCAAGCAGUGUCGUUACUAUUUUGAUAAUGGUGAUAUUAAGUAUUUUCAGUGCUCUAUUUAUGAAUUUUGCUGUGGAAUGUCAUGUUGCCGAUCCUCCGCUAUGACAUUUUACCAAAUGUGGUAUUUCUGGUUAAUGGUAUUUCUGACUAUACUGUUUUGUUCUGGUGGAGGAUGGUGGUAUAGGAUACGAAACAAUGAUUAUACUCAGACAAGAGGUACUCAAAUAAUGCCUCAAAGAGUAACCAUAUAUUCUGGACCUGUACGUAAUCAACCUUACAUGUCUACUUCGAAUAAUGGAGUACCUAUGCAAAGUGCUGUUCCUUAUCCACCCCCAAUGUCAUCCUACCCACCUCCACUGUCAUACCCACCCCCACCGCCCUAUUCUGGACCACCUCCUAGUUAUGACGUAGCUGUCAAUCCACUAGCUUCUGCCCCUUUCCCAACUCAAACUCAAGCAUUUCCAGCUAGGCAAGGAUGAUGAGGAUGUUGAAGCUUUAUGAAUUUUAUCUGUAUAUCUGGUCUUUUUACAAGUUUUUCAAUUUUAAUCAAUGUUUCCAAAUAUACAUAUGAUGUGUUUUGAAUGUUAUAUUUAAUAAAUGUGCUUAUGAAUCUCA